AUGACAGCAGUAAGCGAUGAAAAUGGAGGUGACAAGAAAGUUAAAGCAGUCAGGAGAUCGGUGAGCGAGGAAGACGAUUGUAAGUUAGAAAGUGGAGAGGAAAAGAAUGGAGGAGAUCGUUGGAGAAUUAAGAGCAAUAAGGAGGUGUCUAGAGGAGAUGACGGUGAUGAUAAGAAAAAGGUGUGUGAAGGAAGUGAAAAAAAAGAUGAAGAGAGGAAGGAGAAGAGAUUAGAGAAAGGAAAGAAAAAAGAAAAGGUGCGGAAGAAAGAAGAGGAAGUGGCAGGGAGAAGAAAAAAGGAAAUGAGUCGUAACACAGAGGAGUGGGAGAGCAAGAGGAGGUCGGAGAAAAAAGAGGAGAAGGGGACAGACUGCAAGGUUAGGAAGCAAAGGGAAGAGCAGGAGAAAAAAGUGGAGAUUGAAGAAAGAAGAGAGGAAGAGGAGGAGAAAAGAAGAGAGAAGGGCAGUAAGGAGGAGAGUAAAACACGGGGGAUCCGGAAGUGUUAG